AUGCUAUUCACAAAACCACGUGGUGUCAGUGUUACAAAUUGUGGUGAGAAAACAAUUCUAGCGCUUUGCUCAGAGCAGAAUCCCAAGCUGCUGCAAUACAACAAAACUGAGGAUAAAUGGGAGGAAUAUGCGAGUAUAAAAAUCGAUUACGAACUAUAUAGAACUAUUUUAAAGGAUGAUCAUUUAUUAUUUAUUGGCGGUUGGGAAACAAGAAGUCGACACUGCGUUGUCGAAUUAGAUGAUAAAAUCUACGCGAUUGGUGGUUGUGAUGGUAAUAAGGAUUUGUCGUCGGUGGAAAUUUAUAGAUGGCGCAUUCUGUUUUUCAUUGCUUCCAGAUAUACGACUUCUGAUGGUUGGGUGUUUGUGACCAGCUUAAUUGUUGGACGAAAUAACGCAGGUGCAGCAACAUCAAAUGGUAAAAUUUACGCAAUGGGCGGUUAUAAUAACAAUGGAGGUUUAAAAUCCGUCGAAUGCUACAAUCCGGAUUCGAAUACUUGGACUUCUUGCGCUGAUAUGACAAAAUGUCACAGUUUACCUUGUGUAGCUGCACAUAAAGGUCGCAUUUAUGUUUUAAGCCGUAGAGGUGCUGAGCGUUACGAUCCUCAGCUAGACACAUGGUCACAGAUUUGCUUUUUGGAAGUUGGUCCUGGUUGGAUGAGUUGCGUAUCGCUGGACAAUAAACUAUGGGCUCUUGGUGGCAAGUCUAAAUCUGCUGACAAGUCAUGUGUAUCAGUUUUUGAUGAAGAAAAUUCCUGUUGGGUAGAAAGUUGCUCAUUACCCGAAAGUAUAGUGCGUAACUGCUUUGUUGUACCUGAAUCCUUACUGUCGUCGAUGUGA